AAAUAAAAGACUCGCCCAACAAAAUAUUUUAAACUUGAUUUUCAUCCAAAUACUUUUAUACAAUAUUGAAAAUCAUAAUGCACUCUUAUCUAUGUAGCGUUCUACUUGCGCUCGUGGCAUCUGCCUCUGGAGCGCAAGCCGGCGUCACUUACACCACGACCCUGACGCGCCAUCUACCCUUUGAGCAAAUUGUCGGUGCUACUAACAAUUGCUACUGUGUAUUAGAGACAAGCCAAUCAUUCCUACCACAACCGUCCACUUGGAUUCCUGUCAGCUCGUCCAGCGAACCCGCCACGACCCAGGGACAGACCUCCAAGACAACUUGUGACGAAUCAAUCUCCAAGACUGCAACCACGGCAUCUCAAUCCACCUCAGAGACGUCUAAAUCACACAAACCAAUCUCUACUAGCACCAAGUGUUCCACUGGUCCAGCCACCAGCAGCGCAAGCGCAAGCAAAAGCUCUGCUCUGAGCCGCAGCGCUUCUACCUCUUCUGCUCCAUCCAGUGUGACCUCUAGCAGCGCAAUCGAGUCCAGCAGCGGCUCUAUUGCUCCCAACAGCACGUGUACUACCUCAACAUCGGUCUCCGCUUCAUCAUCCUCAUCAGGCGCUCCCUGGUCGAGGUCUUCAACUACCAGCUCAAGUGCUGUCAAAUCGAAGGCAUCGUCAACUAGUACCUCAAAAUCCUCCAGCUCCUCUGCUCCUUCAUCUUCAGUCCAGAAAAGCUCGACUACCGUUUCCUCAACAUUUUCGACAACAUCUACAACGUCUACGGUUCCAAGCACAUCUAGUACCUCUGCAUCAGCCACAAGCCGUUCGUCUACGAGCUCCGGUAUUUCCAGUUUCUCAAGCACCUCGAGCACUUCCAUUGCUAACUCAAGCACAUCGACCACUUCAAGUACUUCCACGACUAGUGCACAGUCGGCUUCUUCGACAAGCGGUACCUCUUCGUCUUCGGGUAGUUCUACAUCAGCAACUUCCUCAAGUACCAGCUCGACAUCCUCUACUUCAUCAACAUCUACUACAAGUUCAACGGUCCCGACAAGCUCUGCUCCCCCCACCAGCUCAGUUCCAUCUACAUCGUCGAGCUCAGCAGCCAGCUCAACCUCUAUGCAGCCUUCGUCAUCAAGCUCCAGUGUACCCUCGAGCAGCAGCAGUAGCAGCAGUAGUAGCAGCAGCAGUCCUUCUUCUUCUUCUUCACUCAUCACAUCGGCUUCUUCUACAUCCACCUCCUCUACAACGACAUCUUCAUCAGCAACAACAUCAAACACCUGCUUGCCCAUUGCUGGCGCACCGGCAUUCGCAGUCUCUGCAUACGGUGCCUUGCUUCCAACAACAGUACCUAAAGACAUACUCAAGGCCGCCCCGACUCCUGCUAUGGCGCGUCCUAAACUCAAUGCCGGCGUACAAUGCGUACCAGGAAGCUUCAGAUGCAUCACAAACCCCCAUGGGUGGGAAGCUUGCACUGCCUUGGGUGCAUGGGUGUUUGCCGGUGUCUGCCCUCCCGACACCCAUUGCCAAUUCUAUCCGUCCACUGGUGGACUACUGUGUGUACCGGAUUGCUGAGACUUGCAAUAAAAAAUUGAUGGAAUUUUGAUUCAAAGUUAAAAUACAAAGGGAUAUUUCAUUACGCGUUAUUGUUACAAAAUUUCAUAAACGUCAAACAAAAUUGUCAAACU